UUUUUUUUUUUUCUUUGUGAAACAGAUUACAUCAUGGCGGGUAUUGAUGAAGCGCUGCCCUUGAAGGGCAAGGGACAAGCCGCGUCCGGCUGGAAGACUUGGUCCGUCAAGAAGCGCAUGCUGAUUAUCGGCGCGGUCAUUCUCGUGAUCGCCCUCGCUAUUGGGCUCGGAGUUGGUUUGGGAGUCGGUCUGAAUAAGGGCGGAGGGGACGACGACGAAGGCGAGGUUCCGCCCACGACCGGAGGAGGCGUGACUACAGCCAAGUGGCAGCCGGCCGUAGGAUCGAAAUGGCAGAUCGAGCUUCUGUACGCGCUCAACGACACUUCCGUAGACGCGGAUAUCUACGACAUUGAUCUCUUCAACAAUGACAAGUCGACCAUCAGCGAACUGCAACAGCAAGGCCGCAAAGUGAUCUGCUACUUCUCCGCUGGGAGCUACGAGAACUGGCGGCCCGACAAGGACAAGUUCAAGGACUCCGACAUGGGCAAGACGCUGGAUGGAUGGCCCGAUGAGAAAUGGCUUAACCUCAAUUCCAAGAACGUGCGGAGCAUCAUGACGUCGCGUCUAGAUAUGGCAGUCGAGAAGGGUUGCGAUGGAGUUGACCCGGAUAACGUCGACGGCUACGACAACGACAACGGUCUCGAUCAGAAGAAGGAGGAUUCGGCGAAUUUCAUGAUGUGGCUCGCCAACGAAGCGCAUGCACGUAAUAUGUCUAUCGGCCUGAAGAAUGCCGGUGCGAUCAUCCCCGCAGUGAUCGACAACAUGCAGUGGAGCGUGAACGAGCAAUGCGCGCAAUAUGAGGAGUGCGACACCUAUGCCGCAUUCAUCAAAAAGAACAAGCCCGUCUUCCACAUCGAGUACCCCAAGGGUGAUGACACCAACAACAACCAACUGGUCACCACGAGCCAGAAGAACAGUGCUUGCGACUUCGACGGAUCCUCCAACUUUUCGACGGUCAUCAAGAACAUGAACCUGGACAACUGGAUCCAGACCUGCUAGUCGCACCAUUGAUCCGCAUCUAGAUACUCUGUUCGAUCAGCACAGGCGCCGGGAGUUUGAGAUUGGGAUUCCAUCAUCCAUCUAUGUGGUCUUGACUAUGAUGUAACCUGCCUCAUCUAAUUAACUUUUGACAUUCAUUUAAUUCAAACAUCCUUUCGUUAGCGACCGUAGUUUAAUCACCCACACAGCCA